CAAUCGUUUACAAACACGAUGUUUAUCCGGUGGAUACGUCGGUCACUUACAUUUGCAAACGUUUGCAGGCGUUUGUCACUGUUCCGCGAAAAGUCGGUAACUUCAAAGGAUUUGACUUGUUUGUGGAUUUCUGCCUGAUUUCAGUGGAGACGCGAUAUUCUACGUUUGUAGAUAAAUAGAUCCGAUAAGUGUUUGUUUACUUGUAUUUAGUGUUUAAAAGUUGUGGUUGAAGUGAUUGAUCAAUAACUCGAACAAUAAUCAUUAUUUUUUUAUUUAAUUUGUUUAUUUACGAUGGAUAUUACUACGGAAUGGGACCACGAGCAGUGUAUUUACUUAAUAAAUUUAUAUAGACAAAAACCGGAACUAUGGAAUGCCAGACAUGGUUUUUAUUAUAAUAAAAUUAAGAAACAUGACGCCUGGGCCGAUAUAGCCAAAAAUAUGAAUGCAACCAUCGAUAUUGUAAAGGCUAAAAUAAACUCGUUGACAACUUCAUUUAGAAGAGAAAGAAACAAAGAAACUCAAAGUUUGGGAACAGGAAAAGGUCUGUAUAUUUAGUGAACCUGUUUUUCUUGUUAUAUUUUUUGACAUGAAAGUUGGAGGAGCUUCCAGCAUUAUCGCUUUAGAGUGCAGUUUUUUGUGUUUUUAAAACCGUGAUCACGUACCCAUGUGGAUCCAGGCUUACUAUUAAUAAGGAUGGCCAACAAUAAAACUGAAAAUUUGCAGGGCGGGAGGAGGUAUACACAAGCCACUGGUUUGCCUAUGAGGCAUUUGGAUUUCUUAUGGAUAAGAAUAAAUGCAGGAAAUCUGUCAGCAGUACAAAAAAGAUGAUUCAUUCCCAAAUAGAAGAUUCAGAGGUUAUUGAUGAUAAUGAAGUAGUUGCCGAAGAAGUAUACAAUGAAAACAGUGAACCAAUUGGAGAAAGAACAGAACCAGAACUUAAUCCAAAAAAAGCCUUAGAAGAGGAACCAUUACCAUCUACUUCUGCAACGUCUACAAAUGAAUUACCAAAUUCACAAUUGCAAAAAGCAAAACGAGCGAAACGGAAUAAGGAAAAUUCAAACGUCCCAAACGAGGAUCCUCGUAUUUCUGCAGUAGUCGAUAUUAUGCGGUCAGCUCAAGACCGGGAUUCUUGUGAUAUUUAUGGGGAGCAUAUCGCAUCAAAGCUACGUACUUACAGUCAAAGAACACAGGCCAUGGUACAGCACAUGUUUAGUAAUAUCCUCUUUAAUGCUGAUAUGGGACGUUACGACGAUGUGGUGCCUAAGAACACCUCUGGUCAUCUGUCAUCUUCUGGAAGCGUUACUUCUGCUAGCACAUGCACUAACUACCCCUGCUCCUUCACCUGCUGGUUCAAGCUCUCAUUAUUCCGAUCAUGCUUCACAGUUCCGUACCCAUGAAAAUACAAGUGCUAACACUAGCGCAUCGUUCGCCAGCUAUCAGCAACCCUCGCAGCAACCACAACGAAACUUAACUUUACUCACUAAUGUUCUGCCAACUUCAGGAAUCCUUCAACAGCUCGAAGCCCAUCGAAAUGCAAGUAGCAACGCAACAUAUACCACCAGUUGUCAGCAGCCACAAGAAAAUGACCAUUGGGAAACAAACUUUCCAGAUGAAAAUCCUGACCUAGAAUCUGCAUCCAUGAAUGCAGGAAACUAUUUAGCAAACUUCAAUCCAUCUCAAUCACAGACAAAUACUAAUUACUUAUAAAAAUAAAAUACCAGUUAUAUCAUCGCAUAGAUAGGUAUGAUCUAUACGCUGAGUAAAACCGCACUGGACGUAUGUCAAAAAUGUCAUUUCAACAGUAACUAGUUUUCUCAAUAAAGGUCAAAUUUAUUAUAUGGUUAUUUACUUACCCUUACAUAGCUCGCUAAUGCUUUCAUGAUGGCGGCACAUACUUCAGGAAUUAUUCUAGAAAUGAGCUGCUUCGAAACUCUGAAGAGGUACAUAAGACUGACAUAGGAAUCUCCUGUCGCUAGAAAGCGAAGUGUGAUGGCCAGUCUAAU